AGGUACACGACACUCGCACGCUUGUUCAACGCCAUGUUUACCAGGAAGCAACAGUUUAUGGGUGUGAGCGUUUCUACAUACACCGAGAAUGCAGCUGAGAAAAUAACUGACAGCAUGCUUUGACAGCGACUGACAGCAUUUUCGGUGAGAGAAUUCUCCUCGGCAUGCAAAGAACGAUGGAGCUGAGAAAAAAUUGAAUUGGCAGUUUAUAGCGAUCGAUCAAUUAUAGUUUGCAUUUUUGCUGUCCAAUAAUCGUAGAAAUAUUAUUAAAAAGUAAAAGGAACUAUUUUUACUUCAUUUUAGCGAUUUAAAUGAAUUUUAUCAACAUCAUUUUAAAAGUCUCAUCUCAGCGCUUUUCAGAGCUUCUACACACACCGGCGUGAGAAACCGAUUGUCAAUUUUCUCACAGCCAUCUCUCACCUUCAGUCUCGGUGUAUGUAGAAACGCUCUGUCGCUGGAAAACAGUGCAUUAUUAAUUUGUUUACAAACAAAUUUAUAGCCAUUUCCUUUCGUUCCCUUCCAAACAUUACAAGCAUUUGGCUCGCCUGCUCUCGCUCACCGUCUCCGGCAAGGAUACAGCCGAGGGGAAAACGGCACAUGCGCAAUGGCCACGCUACAUCCUUUUCCAUUUUCCCCCACUUGUGUAUCCUUCACAGAGAGUUAUCCGGACAGCAGCAUGCUCUCCAUACCACGUUCGAGUGCUUGAGCAAGUGAAGCAAGUGAAGUUCGCGACCGGAAACACAACAAAAAGCCCCCAAAAAAUGGCCGCACACAAGCUGAGCAGCAUCAAAUCGAUGAAGCUGUUCGUCUGCCUGAUUGGCGUCACGUCCUUCCUGCUGCUCAUCUUCUGCCUCUACACCACGAUCAGCACGCCGGAAAAGGAGGUAGCGCCACUGUCCCUGCCGAACGAUGGCUACCAGAACGUAGUCUCGUACGAGCUGCGGCGCAGCCAAACGAUCGUGCCGGAGAAGUACAACGAGCACCAGGUGAAGGCGCGCAUCAUCCGCGACAAAAUCAAGCGCCUGGUCGGUAGUGGAAAUCCCAACACCGCAACCGUACCACCAUCGGAGCACCGGAAUCGAACGUUCCCACUGAAUCGGAACGUGCAGAUCCACUACCACGGUACGGUGGCGUGGUACAAACCGCGCCCCACACAUCCGUCCAGCGAUCGGUUGAUAGCGCGCAUCUACGAGAACAACUCCGUGUCGUUCAAGCCGAACGACGAGCCGGUCAUCAACACGGCGUUCUACCCGAAGCGCCGGCUGUACAACACGAGCGAAUCGAUUGUGCGGGAGCACUUUAACGAAAUACAGAACUGCGGCAUCGGUACGGUGGUGCUCGGCUGGCAGCCCAACUUUUCCGAGUACCUGCUGCGCACCAUCUUCAGGGUGGCGGAGCAGUACGAUCUGAAGGUGGCGAUCGAAAUCCUCGACUACGCGGACCGCACGAUCGAGAGCAUCCGCAGCAACAUCAAGUACUUUGUGGAUGGGUUCGGGAAGGGGCCGGCCGGGACGACCAGCACGCUCAGCUACUACACGGUGCUGUCGAAAAGGCGUGACCUGCCACUGUUUUACAUACGCAAGGCGUACCGUAUAACGGAUCCGGAAUGGAAGCGGUUGCUGAGCCGCAACGGCAUACUGACCAUCCGGGGUGCUGCGAGCUACGAUGCCGUACUGUUGGCGCACAUCAGCUCCAAGGACCACAAAUCCAUGGUACGGCGGGCAGGGUUCGAUGGGUUCUACACGUACCUGCCGAGCAAUGGGGCGAACUAUGCGUCAACGUGGAAGAACUGGAACCAGCUGAAGAAGUUUGCGGACAGCUAUCGGCUACUGUUCGUACCGACGAUUGGGCCCGGGUACUACGAUCGCCGGAAGUACCACCGGAACGUGAACCAGAACCACGGCAUUACGAACAUCAAGCGGUACCGGUCGAACGGUCAGUACUUUGACGUUGGUUGGCGUACCUCGCUCAAGAACAAUUUGCAGAUCAUCACGAUCAACAGCUACAACAACUGGGUGGAUGGGACGCAGAUCGAGGCGGCCAUACCGGUGUUUGGAUUUCGGGACUAUCUGCCCGGACCGCCGGAGAAGUAUCUCGAUCUGACGCAGGCCUGGGUGGAGGAGUACAUCAAGUACAAGCUGAACAACAUUAAGCUGAACAAGAAAACGGAACUUACGCUGAGCUGUUACGAUUUCAUUAACAGCACUAUAUGUUAGGCUGUUAGGCGCUAUGCUAAUUAGUGAAAAGGUGGCAAAAAUCCGGAGUCUACUCCAAUCUGACUCCGAUAAAUUCGGAAUCGACUCCGGAAGGUAAGUCCGCCCUGCAUUAUUCGGGGUCGUUCGGAAUCGUCAGGAGUUGUUCGGAGUUGUUCGGAGUCGCCCGGAGUCGGAGUCGUCUGGAGUCGCCCGGAGUCGGAGUCGUCCGGAGUCGCCCGGAGUCAUUCGGAGUUGUCCGGAGUUAUUGGGUGUCGGAGUCAUCCGGAGACGUUCGGAGUCGUUUAGCUCGUCCAGCCGGAAUCUAGACGACUACGACGACUCUGGACGACUUUGGACGACUCCGAACUACUCCGGAAGACUCUGAACUACUCCGCAAGACUCCGGACGACUCCGACUUCGGGCGGAUCUAGUGGUUCCAUUUUGCCGGAGUCGGAAUCGGACUAACAAGAGUCGAAGUCGUGGGUACGCUCCAGAGAGAACAUCACUGAUGCUAACUAUGUUGUGAUACGCCACGUGUCCAUUAGAUGAAAGCGCGCCACCCGUUGUACCACGAUAGUUGAAAAAAUGUUUAACCGCUCAAAUGCUGAUACCAAAAUUCAAUGCCAAAGUUAGGAUGCUGUCCGCACGCGUAGUGUAUAGCACGUGUAGUGUUUGUUACAUAAAAGAGUUGAGACGAUAUAUUUUACCGUAUGAGUGGAUUUUCGGAAGAGUGUAGAAAAAGGCGCUUCGUAGAAGAGGAACUUUGAUGGAAUAGAGUGUACAGAUGUGUUUGUUUUUGUUUUCGCCUUGAAAUUCGCAAUAAAUUAUUAUUGGUUAAGGUUUUAAA